UACAUGUAGUUUACACAAAACGAAUGUUUAACUAAGUUCUAUAUACAUUUAAAAGCAAACAACAAUUAAAAAUCUAAUAUUGAUAUUUUGUUUUAAUUAUUAAUUAAAGGAGUUUAAUCGUUUAGAACUUAAACGAAAGACUUACUAGAUAAAAAGGAACUGAUAUAAUAUUGAAGCUAGAAAGACCGGGAAAAAAUGGACAUACAAAAAAUGCAUGCACUAAUAUAGUGGCUCACUCGAAUAAUCAUCUUUAUAUUCAUUCAUAUUUAAAUAAAAUGUUAAAGUUUAAGUUUGUAGAAUAUAUUUUGGAGAAAAAUUAUAAUUUUAUCAUUAAGGAAUCUUUACGUAAAACAUACGAACUUUCUUUAUAUAUGGCUAAAAGGUCCUUGAAUAUUUAACAAAUGCACAAGUGAAAGGUGUUUUAAUGUAACUUGAUCGGCAUUAAAAAAGAAGAAAAAAAAAUCAAGUACAGGUAUUCAUUCUAGUUUUAAAAGCUUUCCGUUGUGUUUAAAGAAGAAAAUAAUUAAUCGCAAUGAAAUUGUACUCUGUAUCUGAUGGUCCCCCAUCUCUUGCAUGUCGUCAAGCACUCAAGGCUUUAAAUAUUAAAUAUGAAUUGGUCGAUGUAGAUUUUGGUAAAGGUGAACAUAUGACUGAAGAAUAUGAGAAGCUUAAUCCUCAAAAAGAAAUACCUGUUUUAGUUGACGAUGAUCUUGUAAUGGGAGAAAGUAAUGCCAUUUUACAAUAUCUCGGCGAUAAAUACGAUACUUUUGGUGAAUUAUAUCCAAAGGAUCCACGAGGACGUGCCAUUGUAAAUCAUCGUCUUUGUUUUAAUCUUGCUUAUUAUUAUCGUAAUAUCUCAGAAUAUGUGAUGGCACCAAUAUUUUUCGAUUAUGAAAGAACUCCGUUGGGUUUGAAGAAAAUAAAAAUGGCUUUAGAUAUCUUCAAUAAAUAUUUACAAAAUGAAAAUACAACUUACGCUGCUGCUAAUUGCUUAACUAUAGCAGAUUUUCCAUUAAUCACUAGUACUAUGUGUUUGGAAGCAAUUUCUUUUAAAUUGGACCAAUGGCCUUGUGUCGAGAAAUGGUACAACAAUUUUAAGCAAUCUUAUCCAGACUUAUGGACAAUCGCAGAAGGAGGCAUGAAGGAGAUAAGUUAUUUUGAAAAAAAUCCACCCGAUUUAACCAACAUGGAUCAUCCCAUUCAUCCAAUUCGAAAGAACAUUAAAAAGAAGGCAUUUUAGGAGAUCAUAAGAUUUACACACGUUUCGAUACUAAAUAUCAUAUACACGAUCAGGAAAUGGUAUGAAGAAGUGCAAGAAGAAACAAAUUGUGAAUAAUCGUUGCAAAAGUAUACGAGAUACAUAUAACAAAUAUAUGCUUUUACUUUUUCAAUGUUAAGAAGAGAGAGAUUAAAUAGAAUAAUAUUAAUGAAAUAAUAGGAUCACAAGAAAGAUAGAAGAAGAAGAAGAAGAAGAACGAACGAAUGUAUUGCUCGAUUAAUGAAAUAUUUGUGUAUAAGAAAGGAUAGUGCGUCUAAUAAAAGCCUUGUGCUUUUUCCUCCAAUAGAAAGAAGAACUUAGAAGGAUAAGUUAAUUUUCAAUUAUUUGGAACUUAUAUCUCACAAUAUAUAUAUA